AUGGACCUCCCGGACGGCAGCUUCCCGGAAGCUUCCGGCGCCGCAGGCGGCGGCGCCUGGGAGGCCGCGGCGCACCCUGUGCUGGCGAGCUUGGCGCGGGUCAAGGGGGCGCUGGACCAGACGGCCGCGCCCGCGCCGGCAGGCCGCGGCGGCGACGGAGGGGCGGACGCCAGGGCCGCCCGCGCGCGGCCGGGGCCGGCGCUCGGCACGCGGCUCGCGGGCGCCGUCGUCGGAUUCUGGGGCGUGUUUGGCGUCGACCUGUGCGCCCUCUCGCUGCUCGUCGCGGCGCUCGUCGCCGCCAACGGCCUGUCCCUUGUCUAUUUGGCCCUAAUGCCGCUGGUCGCGCCCGGCAGGAGGUCAAGUCUGCAGGCGCUGAUGUGGCGCAGCCUCGCGGUGCCGCUGCUGGCGCUGCUGGCGGUGCAGCAGUACUGCUUCUACCUCGGACCGCCGCCCUUGGACGGCCCGCCGCCGGCGCCGCCGGCCGCCGUAAUCGACGUCCAAGGCGGCGGCGGACACAGCCGCGGCGGCGGCGGCGGCGGCGGCUCAGACGGUUGGCUGCUGCUGCUGCGUUGGGCGGGCGCGGCAGACGUGCGGGCGCCGCACCUGUGGGCUCUCUUCGCGGCGCUCGCCCUUGCGACGCUGCAGAUGCACGCCGACCGCAAACGAUCUGUUGCCGAGGCCGCCGCCGGCGACGAGGCGGCGGCGGUGGUGGCAGACCCGUCAGAGGUGAUUCAGCGGCGCUGGGAGGGCCUCCCGCGGCGCGGGCUCGGGCCUGCCCAAUGGGUGGAGCCGCGGCCGGGCCGCGCCGCCUGGCGGGCGGGCGGUGACGAGUCGGAGGAAGGUGAUCUGGAGAGGCCGCUGCUGCAGGGGCUGGCGCCCAGCAGCAGCGGCGGCGAGCUGGAGCUGUCACUACAAGUGCUGCAGACGCCGACCGCCGCCGGCGCCGCCGCCGCCAGCGCCGCCGGCCCCCCGCCGCCGUCCGCAGCUGCGCCGCCGGCGGACGGGGCCCCGACGGCGGCUUUGGAAGCCGCCCGGAAGCUGGACUACGCCGACCGGGCGUCCUGGGGCUGGGCGGACUGGCUGCGGUACGAGCUGACUAAGCGCAGUACGGACCUGCUAUUAGUCGCCACCGUCGCGUCGUGCGCGCUGCAGCGCGACGCGCUGCACGCGGGGUACCUGGCCCUGGGCCUGUUCGGCUUCCGCCAGCGGGCGCGGCUGGCGGCGCCAGGGGGGUCGCCGCUGUUUGGGGUUCUCCUGAGGUUCAACCUCGCGGCCAUCACCCUCACGCUGAUCUACCAGGCGCCCUGGGAGGUUCUGCUGGGCCCGUCCUGGGCAAACACCUGCCAGCUGGGAGAGGCCGCCCACUGCACGGCGCCGCAGCUCAUAGGGCUCUGCAAACUCAUCAGCUGGCCGACCCUUGAGGGCUGGGGCGCGCCUUACCUCAUCCACACCCCCUCAUCCUCCGCCACGGGAAGCGGCUCGCCCUCACCCUCGAUCGCCGUAGCGGCCGCGGCCGUGUCGCUCCUGCGGCGCGCCGUGUCUUCGCUCGGCGGCGCGGGCGCAUGGCGGCCGGACGCGCCGGGCGGCGGCGGCGCGGCGGCCGUCAGCCUGCUCGCGGGGUCGGCGUCGCUCGCCGAUCUAAUACUUUGGAUUCUUCUGAGGCUGCAGCAGAAGCUUCUCGGGUCAGGAACGUACGCUGAGGUGGCGGCGUGCGUGGAGCAGGAGCGGGCGGCGACGGCGGCGGCGCUGCAGCGGCGGCGGAGGGCUUGGUACCUCGAGCAGGUGCGAUCUGAUCUGAUCUGA